GAGCAAGCCGAGCUGGCGUGCGGUCGCAAGAGCCGUGUGUACUGCCCGCUGUCGCACGAGUGCCGUACUGCCUGCUGGCGCACGAGAGCCGUGCAUACUGCAGCCUGCUGUCGCACGGGAGCCGUGCGUACUGCAUACACACAAGCAGUCAGGCGCAUAUGCGCCUGGCGACGCGCGCCUGGUGCGUGUCCAGCGCGUCGGCACUGUACGCGAGCCGUGCCCGGCCGCGCCUCGCACGGACGAUGGCUACCUGGGUCGACGCCGACGAAGCAGCCACGGUCCAGGCGAAUGUCCAGGCCGUGCGCGAGCGCGUAAACAAAAUAUCAGAAACCGCGACGCUCAUCGCCGUCUCCAAACUUAAGCCGCUCUCGCAUGUGAAGGCGGCCUUCGACGCGGGCCAGCGCGACUUCGGGGAAAAUUACGUGCAGGAGCUCGCCGAGAAGGCCGAGGCGGCGAAGGACGUCGAGGGCUUGCGGUGGCACUUCAUCGGGAGCCUCCAGUCGAACAAAGUAAGGCAAUUGUGCCAGGUGCCCCAGUUAGCAUGCGUGCACACGGUCGAGCGCGCGAAGAUCGCCAAUUCUCUAGAUCGGGUCUGGGGCGAGCUUGGUAAUGUGGAGCCUUUGAUGUGCUUCCUCCAGGUGAACACGUCGGGCGAAGAGACCAAGGGCGGCUGCGCGCCGGACGCGGCGCCGGAACUUGCAAAAGCCAUCCACGCGAAGCCGCACUUGAAUUUAAUUGGGCUCAUGUGCAUCGGGAAGUACAGUGGAGCGGAGGGCGACGCGUCGCCGGACUUCAACGUGCUGCGCUCCUGUCGAGACGCGGCCGCGGCCGAGCUCGGCGUUUCUGCCGAUACGCUGGCCCUGUCCAUGGGCAUGAGCCACGACUUCGAGCAGGCCCUAGGCCUCGGCGCGACGCACGUCCGCGUCGGCUCGACGAUCUUCGGGGCCCGGCCGGCGAAGAAGUAAACCUAUUUGUCUAGU